CUCCAAUCUUGCAAUCUUACGCCUUGCCAAUCUUCCCCAGCUGAAGUGAACGUGAAUUGAGCACUCUUUGAUCUCUUUCCGAUCAUGAGGAGCAAGCAUUUCUUAGACGAGACCCAGACCAUUGUCAACGGCUCGUUGCGAUCGCUAGCUAUCACAAACCCGGCCCUUCAACUCGACGAGCAGAACAAAAUCAUAUACUCCCGGUCUUUCAAAAUCUCAAAUGCGGUCAAAAUAAUCUCUGGAGGUGGUUCUGGUCAUGAACCGUCAUUUGGGGGUUUUGUUGGUGAGGGGGGAUUGACGGCCGCUGUUGCGGGCAACGUGUUUGCAUCGCCAUCUUCGCAACAGAUCUUGCAUGCAAUUGAGCGAUUCGGUCCUGAUUCUGGUGUUUUGGUCACAGUUAUGAAUUAUACCGGGGACGUCCUCAAUUUUGGAGUUGCUGUUGAGAAAGCGCGAGCGAGAAAUCCGGAACUGUCAAUUAGGAUGCUAGUUGUGGCAGACGACUGUAGCAUACCAGAUAGUCAGGUGGGCAAAGUGGGAAAGAGAGGGAUUGCUGGUACGGUACUUGUCCAUAAGAUCACUGGAGCUGCUGCUGCUGCGGGAUGGUCUUUAGAUGAAAUAUUCCAGCUCGGCCAGGUCGCUAAAAGCAACCUUGCCAGCAUUGGUACCAGUUUAGACAGAGUCCACGUUCCUGGCCAACCUACAAAAGGAGAUGAGUCUUUGGAGGAUAACCAAGUAGAGCUUGGAAUGGGUAUCCACAACGAGCGCGGCAUAUCACGACUUCAGGGUACCGACGCCAAAUUGGCAGCCGUAGUGGGAACCAUGCUCGACCAUUUGUUCAAAUCAUUAGCGAAUGGACUUGGUGGUGCAGGAAGCCUUGAAAUGGCUGACUUGGUGCUGAUGGUCAACAACCUUGGCGGAUUGAGUGUUCUUGAGUUUGGUUCCAUUGUUGCCGAAGUCACAGACCAGCUGAAACGGCGGACGAAGAAAAGCCCGAAACGCGUGUACGCAGGUACAUUCAUGACCAGUCUAGAUGGCCCGGGAUUCUCAAUCAGCAUCCUUAAUCUCUCGGCAACAGGCAAGCAAGACACCAUCCUUCAAUUUCUCGAUGCGCCCUCAGAUGCUCUGGGCUGGGUUGCGCCAAAGAAAUGGGCUUCAUCGGACUUCGAAGAGGGCGAACUACCUAAACAAAAUACCAACUCUCCGAAUGGCGCAGAGAGUGCUCAUUCUGUCGUAGAGCCACAUAUGCAAAUGGUUGCUCAACAUAUUAUGAACGCUAUGAAUGCCGUAAUUGCUGCUGAACCAGAGGUCACCAGGUAUGAUCAGAUCGUCGGAGACGGCGACUGUGGAACAACUCUGAAGCGCGGUGCUGAAGCUGUCUUGAGAUCUCUCUCCAACACACCCUCAAGCCUCGCCAUGCUUGUCGAAAGCAUCACACAAGCUGUUGAGUCGACCAUGGACGGUACAUCAGGCGCCAUCUAUGCAAUCUUCUUCAACUCGCUUAUGCAAUACGUCAAAACUCACGCGCAAGAUCCAGACUCUGCCAUAGAUCCUGCAUUCUGGAGCCAAGCUCUGGAUUCCGCCAUCUCGACAUUGAGGCAAUACACAGCUGCAAGCGUUGGAGAUCGAACGCUGAUGGACACCUUGCUACCGUUCUCUGAGACUUUGAGAAUGUCCCACGACAUAUCCGCCGCCGCUGCGGCAGCCACCAAAGGCGCAGAAAGUACAAAGUCGAUGAAAGCGAGUCUUGGCCGAUCUGUCUACGUUGGGGGAGAGAAUGAAUGGCUAGGUACAAUUCCGGAUCCGGGAGCCUGGGGCUUGAUGAGAUUAUUUGACGGGUUAGCGAGGAGCAUUAAGGGGUCGAGUUCGGCUAAAUAGCAGCUUGAGAACUGCAUGUCAACGCUCUAAAAAGAGGGGGGGAAAAUGGGCUCAAAAACGAAUCAAAGUCACAAUUUUUGACCAAAUUACGUGUCGUAUAGCACUGAAAUCAAGGCUGUGUUAAAAGCCAUUGAAAAAUAAAC